GGAACACGCCCAACUAAGGAAGCAGAGCUCGUGCAACGACUCUCGUGAUAAUAAAAACAGCCGGACCAACCUCCUUUAUUUUAAUAACAGGAAGACGGGCAGCAAAGCUUUGCUCUUUCUUUUCCUUUUUUUCGUUUUCACAUUACAAAAAAGCAUCCUUUUCAAUAAAUUAACAAUUUCAAGCUCGCCGUGGUUGCUGCCAGAAACAAGUGCUAAAAUCCAGCUUGGAGAGAUCAAGGAUCGAACUUGACUGGCCAUCUGCAAAUCCACGAGGAUUUUGGCAAUAUGGGUCGGUCCGAAUCUUGUUAGCAGGGUUUAUCUGAUCUGGUGGAGCUGUUUUUCUUUAGAUUAUAGAACCCCAGAAGAUAGAAGAAGUUGUUUAUUGUGGACAAGAAUGGGUUGUAGCUGCUUUGGUACUUUAGUUGCUGACAGGAAAAGAAGGUCUGGUCACUUUGGCCAUGAUCUUGAUGGAAAUUUGCUGGAAAAUAUUAAAACUUUCUCCUACAAUGAAUUAAGAUUGGCGACCGAUGAUUUCCAUUCCAGUAAUAAGAUAGGGCGGGGAGGUUUUGGAACUGUUUACAAGGGAACCCUGAAAAGUGGAAAGCAAGUUGCUGUGAAGACACUUUCCGCUCGGUCGAAGCAGGGAGUCCGUGAAUUCUUAAAUGAGAUUAUUGCUAUAUCAAAUGUCAGGCAUCCAAACCUUGUUGAGUUGAUUGGGUGCUGUGUUGAAGGAGCGGAUCGGGUUUUGGUCUAUGAAUAUGCUGAGAAUAACAGCCUUGAUCGUGCAUUGUUAGGUUCAAAGAGUAAAAACAUCAUACUCAAUUGGGAAAAAAGAUCAGCCAUUUGCUUGGGUACUGCUAGGGGUCUUAUGUUUCUUCAUGAGGAACUGAUGCCACAUAUUGUCCAUAGAGAUAUCAAGGCUAGUAAUAUACUUCUAGACAGAGAUUUUAACCCCAAAAUUGGAGACUUUGGGUUGGCUAAACUCUUCCCUGAUAACAUCACUCAUAUUAGCACAAGGAUUGCAGGAACAACUGGUUAUUUAGCACCAGAAUACGCUCUGGGAGGUCAGUUAACCAAGAAGGCUGAUGUUUACAGUUUCGGUGUUCUUGUUCUUGAAAUAGUUAGUGGCAGAAGCAGUGCCAAGGAAAACUGGGAAGGGACAGAAAAGUUUCUCCUCGAAUGGGCAUGGCAGCUCCAUGAAGAAGGGAGACUAUUGGAGCUUGUCGACCCAGAGAUGGGGGAAUUUCCUGAGGAAGAACUCCUUAGGUACAUGAAGGUUGCAUUUUUCUGCACCCAAGCAGCAGCAAGCCGAAGGCCAAUGAUGAGUGUGGUUGUUGAGAUGCUCUCAAGGAACAUCAGAAUCAAUGAGAAGCAACUUACAGCCCCAGGUUUCUUCAACAAUUCAGGGAGCCUCAGCGGACCUUCUUCAAGUAAAAAAUCAUCUGCCGACACAACUAGCUAUCAGAUGAGUUCUGUCCCUGACACUAUAACUCAAGUAGCACCUCGCUGAAGAAGAAUAAGAAUAAUGCACUUAUUGCAAUUUAGAGGAAGACACAAAUGAAUUUACAAGUCCACAACAAGUUAUUCCAAUGGUUCAUACAGUUAUCUUCUUUAACCUUUUACACGGUUUCGCUUCUUCGUCUUUUGUUAGCCAAUUUGAGAAGCGAGAGGGUGGUUUGAGCAGAAUUAAUUUGAGGUUGCGAAUCUGUAAUGUUAUGUUAGUCUGAUGCUGUUUUCAUUUUUCUUUUUGAUUCAAUCGUUAUCUUAUGUACUUCUCAAGAAGAGUACAAUGGAAGAGAAGAAGGUUGUAUAGUGAAACAGAAAUUAAUCAAUACACACUCUUGACUCCUUUAUCUCCUA